ACUCGUUGUUCGUGACCCCUGACCUCAUGUCGUUUCCCUUCCCUCAGGCCCAGUACUGUAUCCUUAGCCGUUCUGGUCUGGACAAUGGGAAGGAUGACGUGGCUGACGAUGGUGCACCUUAGCCCAGCGCCGUGACCUCCCGUGUCGCCGCAAAUGCCGCCACAUAUGCCGCGAUGCUCUUGCGAUCUAGUCAUCGCAACGUAAGCUGCGACGGAUGCUUUUGCGCCAUUCGCAGCCCGCCCGCCCGCCCGCCCGCCCGCGAGUGCGCGCUUUCCCCGUAGAAAUGCCCUCGUCGUGACCACUGCCGCGGCGGUACUUCUCCGGUAGUUGGGGACCCGAGGUGCGCAUACUAGUUGUACUAGUAGUAGGGAGCCUGUAGCCUACUGGCAAUGGUGGCGCGAAACCAGGGGCGCGUGGGUAACGCGGGUAGCGCGCGCAACAACCAGCAGCAGCAGAUAAGACCUCCGCAGCAGAUAGGACCUCCGCAGCAGAUAGGACCUCUGCAGCAGAUAAGACCUCCGCAGCAGAUAAUAUCGCCGUCGCAGCAGCAGCUCCCUCAAAGCACCCAGCACUCCGUGAUGACGUCAGCGGCGGGUUUCGUCCCCCCUCCUCCGCAGCCUGCGAGUGCUGCUCGCACCGUUUCCAGUUUGGAUCUGACCAACGAUAGCAUUCUCGCGCUCCUAGGUUCAGCGCUAGCGCAGCAGGCUGAGAGAAUGCUGCACGCGGGUAGCGGCGGGAACGACGGUAGCGGCGGUAGCGGCGGUAGCGGGACGGGGCAAGCUCUAGGUUCGCUUCCGGUGGCGGCGGCACGAGCAGCGCCGCUUUCGGCGCCGCAUUCCGCGCCGUCAGAUCCGCCGCCACGCCCACCGGCGGCGGCGGUAUGGCCGGCGGCUCAGCAGGCUGGAGCGGAUUUGACGGCUAGCUGGGGAAACACGGGGCACCAGACGGCCAAUGCACUCGUUAUAACCAAUCUCGGCUCCGGUAUAAGCAUACCUGGUAAUACUGGCGGCGGGUCUACAGGAAGUAGAAAUGCGCGAUGUGCCACGUGGGCGUUGGGGCGGGUGGGUCUCUCCUCGGGGUCUUUCCAGGCAAUGCAGCCAACGGCGCAGGCGUUUCUAGGUCAGGUGAAUCCUCAGGUGAAUUCCCAGGUGGCUCCUCCGCUGACUCUGUCUGAGUUGCUUCAGGGCCAAUCUCUUUUAGGCGAGCAACAGCAGCGACAAUGGCAGCAGCAGCAGCAGCAACAACAACAACAACAGCAGCAGAACCAGCAGCACCAGCUCCACCAGCAGCAGCAGCAGCAGCAGCAGCAGCAACGGCAAUUAGACAGCAGGAUGACCUCUCCCUCCCCACCUUUUGCCGCCACCACACCAGCACCGGCAAAUACGAAUCUUGCCGCCCAGACUGUUUACGGGACCCCUCCUGGCACUAGCAGUGGCACUAGGGUGAACAGUGCCAGUGCCACCCAGGCCAGCUCAGGCAGCAUGCCCCUCUCGUUACAGUCACAUCCGAGCCCCAUGUCAAUCAAAGUGCUUGAGGCGCCUCAGAGCUCGUUACAGUCACAGCCCAGCCGCAUGUCCGUAACAGUCACAGCCCAGCCCCAAAGGUCGUUACAGUCACAGCCUAGCCCCAUGUCCGUCACAGUCACAGCCCAGCCCCAACGGUCGUUACAGUCACAGCCUAGCCCCAUGUCCGUCACAGUCACAGCCCAGCCCCAAAGGUCGUUACAGUCACAGCCCAGCCCGAUGUCAGUGUCGGCAGCAGAGUAUCUCGACCUCGCUGCGUGCACCACCUCCCUCCCACAAGCCGCUCUCCCGCAAGUCAGCAGCUCCUCCCUCUCGUCCCAGCCGCCCCGCCAGCAAACAGCAGCUGCUGCAGCAGCAGGAGGAGGAGGAGGGGGAGGGGGAGUAGCAGGAGGAGCAGGGGGAGCAGGGGGAGCAGGAGGAGGAGGAGUAGCAGGAGUAGCAGGAAGAGCAGGGGGAGCAGGAGGAGCAGGGGGAGCAGGAGGAGCAGGGGGAGCAGGAGGAGCACGAGGAGCAGAAGGAGGGGCAGCAGGGCGUAUAUCUGGAAGCAGGUUCGGUUACGGCAUGGGGCCAGGGUCGCCUAUGGCUGUUAUGAGGUCCGCUUCAGCAGAAGUGACACGCGCUUCAAGCGUGCAGGCAGGAGACAGGGCAGCAGCAGCACCACCAGCAGCACCAGCAGCAGGGCAUAUAUCUGGAAGCAGGUUUGGUUACGGCAUGGGGCCAGGGUCGCCUAUGACUGUUAUGAGGUCCGCUUCAGCAGAAGUGACACGCGCUUCAAGCGUGCAGGCAGGAGACAGGGCAGCAGCAGCACCAGCAGCAGCACCAGCAGCAGGGCAUAUAUCUGGAAGCAGGUUUGGUUACGGCAUGGGGCCAGGGUCGCCUAUGACUGUUAUGAGGUCCGCUUCAGCAGAAGUGACACGCGCCUCAAGCGCGCAGGCAGGAGACAGGGCAGCAGCAGCACCACCAGCAGCACCAGCAGCAGCAGCAGCGCCAGCAGGUGCAGCAGCACCUGCAGCACCAGCAGCAGCGCCAGCAGGUGCAGCAGCAGAGGCGGCAGUGGCAGAGGCGGCAGUGGCAGCGGAAGUGGCGCGAUUGGAGAUGCUAGAGCAGCUGCUAAAUCUAGAUUCUGCUGCUGCUGCUGCAUCAGCUUUUGAGGCGCCUCUAAGUCGAAGAUCGGCCCAGCACGUGGGAGAGCAGCUGUUGAAUCUGGACUCCGCUGCUGCGCUGCUGGGGCGCGUGGAGCGGCUGAGAGCGCAGCUGAUGGAGAGGACGAGACGGCUGGAGCAGCAGGCGGCGGUGCAGCACAUGGUGAUGCAGCAACAACAGCUGCAGCAGCAGCAGCAGCAACAGCAGCAGCAGCAGCAGCAGCAGCAGCAGCAGCAGCAGCAGCAGCAGCAGCAGCAGCAGCAGCAGCAGCAGCAGCAGCAGCAGCAGCAGCAGCAGCAGCAGCAGCAGCAGCAGCAGCAGCAGCAGCAGCAACAGCAACAGCAGCAGCAGCAGCAGCAACAGCAACAGCAGCAGCAGCAGCAGCAGCAGCAACAACAUUUUAUUCAGCAACAGCAGCACCAGCAGUUCCAGCAGCCACAGCAACAACAGUUCCAGCACGAACCGCAGCAGCACCAUCAGCAGCAGCACCAUCAGCAGCACCAGCACCAGCAGCAGCACCAACAGCACCAGCCACAGCAGCAGCAACAGCAGCAGCAAGGCGAGCUUUUGCUACAGCAGGUGCAACAGCUGCAGCAGAGGGAACUGGAUUCGCUGCUGAUGAUGCACCUGCACAUGCAGGCUCUGGAGCAGCAGAGGCACCCGCAACCACAGGGGUAUGGGCAGGGGUAUGGGCAGGUGUAUGGGCAAAGGCAGGGGCAGGGGCAGGGGCAGGGGCAGGGGCAGGGGCAGGGGCAGGGGCAGGGGCAGGGGCAGGGGCCAGUGCAAGGGUGGGGACAGGGGCAGGAGCAGGUGGAGGGGCGGGGGCAGGCACAGCGAGGAGAGGAUAGUGUUCGGCGACAGGUACCAGCUCACCUUCAAACACAAGGUCAACCGCAGCCACCAGUGCAGGUGCAAGUGGGUCAGCCACAGAUGCAGCAGCAGCAGCAGCCACAGAUGCAGCAGCAGCCACAGAUGCAGCAGCAGCCACAGAUGCAGCAGCAGCCACAGAUGCAGCAGCAGCCACAGAUGCAGCCGCAGCCACAGAUGCAGCAGCAGCCACAGGUGCAGGUGCAGCUGGCACAGCCGCAGGUGCAGCAGCAGCCACAGGUGCAGCAGCAGCCACGGGUGCAGGUGCAGCUGGCACAGCCGCAGGUGCAGCAGCAGCCACAGGCACAGCUGGCUCAGCCACAGCCACAGGUGCAGCAAGCAGUGCAGCUACAGGCACCACAGCAGCAACUGCAGCAGCAGGUGGAACAGCAGGCUCAGCUGCAGGCACAGCUACAACAGCUGCCGCUGCAGCAAGCAGUGCAGCCACAACCACAGGUGCAGCUGCGGCAGCAAACUCAGCUACAACAGCUGCAGCAGCAAGCUCACCUGCAGGCACAGCUGCCGCUUCAGCAAGCACCCCGACCACAGCAGGCACAGCUGCCGCUACAGCCAGCACUCCAGCCACAGCAGGCACAGCUGCCGCUACAACCACAGCCGUCACUUUCAAGCCUGCUGCAAAUGCGAAUGGCUGGAGGGCUUACCGUGCCACUAUGCGCACCCCUACAGCAGCAGCAGCAGCAGCAGCCACAGUCAGGGAUGCUACAAACACAGCUACAGCCACAGCUACAGCCACAGCUACAACCCCAGCUACAGCCACAGCCACCGCAUCAGGCUGUAGCAGCACCAGGGGAGACCAGUGCUGGAUCACCUGCUCUCCCAGUCAGUCACCAGUCUCCAUCUCGAUCCCUGCAUCUAUCACCAGUCCCUAGCGGCACUGUAGCAGGCACUGUAGCAGGGGUUGUAACGGGCACUGUAGCUGGUACUGUAGCCUGCACUGUAGCCGGCAGUUUGGCAGAGGGAUUUGUGGUGGGCGGCACUGUCAGCGGUGGGAAUGAAAACACGGGCCGUGCUAGCGGCGUUGGUGGCAGCAGCUGCGCCAGUGGAAACAGCAAUGGCACGGGGAUGCGCCCAGGCGGUUUCCUCACUCCUCCUCCUGCUUCAUUAGCAGCAGCCGCAACGCCAGCAGCACCACCAGCGGGUAUUUACCAUACUUCCCCGGCUUCUACCGGGCAAACUGUGCUAGCAUCGGAUGCAAUGGAUUGCAAUAGCCCAGCCCCCAGCACUCUCCAAGCAGCAGUGGCAUCACCACCAGGGGGUAUGAGCCUGAGUGCCGCAGCAGCAGCACCAGGGGUUAUAAGCCUGGGUUCAGCAACCGCAGCACCAGGGGUUAUAAGCCUGGGUUCAGCAACCGCAGCACCAGGGGUUAUAAGCCUGGGUUCAGCAACCGCAGCACCAGGGGUUAUAAGCCUGGGUUCAGCAACCGCAGCACCAGGGGUUAUAAGCCUGGGUUCAGCAACCGCAGCACCAGGGGUUAUAAGCCUGGGUUCAGCAACCGCAGCACCAGGGGUUAUAAGCCUGGGUUCAGCAACCGCAGCACCAGGGGUUAUAAGCCUGGGUUCAGCAACCGCAGCACCAGGGGUUAUAAGCCUGGGUUCAGCAACCGCAGCACCAGGGGUUAUAAGCCUGGGUUCAGCAACCGCAGCACCAGGGGUUAUAAGCCUGGGUUCAGCAACCGCAGCACCAGGGGUUAUAAGCCUGGGUUCAGCAACCGCAGCACCAGGGGUUAUAAGUCUGAGCGCGGGCGAGCUGCCCCCCAACCUGGCAGCAGCAGUUGAGGAAUUGCAACGGGUGCUGGUUUCCUCCCAGCAGCAGCAGCUGAAUCGGCAAAACCAGCAGCAGACACAGCAGCAACAGCAGCAGCAGCCUCAAGCCAACGCACAGGCUCAGGGGCAGGAGGAAAGAGAGAAGGGAGUGCAGGAGGGGGAGGGUGGAGGGGGAAUGAGCUGUUUCGGUGUGAUUGUAAACGAGGAGGGGCUAUCGAAGGGCACAUGGUUACCAGAGGAGGAUCGGGUGCUGAUGGAGUAUGUCACGUGUUACGGGCCCAAGAACUGGGGUAACCUGGUAACCAGGGGGCUGCUCAGGCGCUCCGGGAAGAGCUGCAGGCUGCGAUGGGUGAACCAGCUGAAGCCGGGCCUGCAGAGAUACGGAGGCAAGGGCUGCAAGCGGUUCACAGAACAAGAAUCCAACACUGUGCUGGCCUUGCAGCAAUCCCUGGGCAACAAGUGGGCGCAGAUCUCGCGGCACCUGCCCGGGCGGACGGACAACGAUGUGAAGAACUUUUGGAACCUGCACCUCAAGCGCAUGGACAGGCUGCGACGGCAGAGAGAGCACAAGGGUGGUGCCGCUGCUGCUGCUGCUGGUGAUGAUGCUGCUGCUGCGGAGAGUGGGGAGGCUACUUCCGGUGAGGGUGUUGCUGCAGGUGCUGGUGCUGGUGCUGGUGCUGGUGCUGCUGGUAGUAGUGACGGUGGUGGUGCUGCUGCUGGUAACAGUGGCAGUGUUGCUGCUGCUUGUGGUGGCGGUGCAUCAGCUUCUUCCGCUGCUGUCCCUGCUGGCCGUGCUGCUGCUGCUGCUGCUGCUGCUGCUGCCGCGUCUGCUGCUGGCCCUUCUGCAGGAAAUAUAGACAGUAAGGCCAAUGAAGCUGCUGCAAAGAUUGGUGCUGGGAGGAAUGAGGGGCGCAGGGAAAACGGUACUGGUCUGUCUGACGGCAGAGGCUCAGAAGAUGCGGGGAAGCAAGAGGCAGUAAAUGGCAAUGCAAGGGCAAUUGAGGCAGUGGCGGCGGGAGCAGUUGAAUCUGUAUCAGCAGAAGCAGCAGCGAAUGCAAAUGUAACUGCCACUGCUGGACGAAUGGCGGUGCAAAGCAACAACGCUUUGGGGUCGACUCAAAAGCAGGUGCGAAGCAGCAACAUUGGCGUCCUGGAGCACUCCUCCCCACCGCCCUCAUCCCUCUUCUCCCCUCGCUCGUUUGCAUUCCCCAUGUCUAUAAGCCCGCUUCCCACCAUCCAAGAGGGCCUGAGCUCCUCUCAUUCGCAUGAUGAUGGGGGAGGCUUGCAAGGGGGGAUACCCUCUGAUGAUCGUCUGCAAAGGGGUAUGGCUACAGCUGCUACUGCUGCUGUGGUGACUGUUGCCUCUGCUGGUAGUGCUGCUGCUGCUGGUGCUGCUAUUGCUGCAGCUGCGGCGCACGCUUCCGCAGCCGCAGAAAUCAACAAGGAUACUUCAGCAGCAACGGCAGCACGAAGCAAUGGAGGUAGCGGCCCCACACUGCAGCAGCAGCUACAGCAGCUAAAGCAGCUAAAGCAGCAGCAGCAGCAAAAAGAACAACAGCAGCAACAGCACCAGCAGCAGCGGCAGCAGCAGCAGAGCCAUGAGGUUCAGCCCCACGAUACGCAGCCACUGCAGAGGCCACACCCGUUGCUACAGCCCAAGAACCACAGGACGGUCCGCCAGCCGCCACUGCCGCCACCCGAGAAGCAGCAGCUUCACCAGCCACCAGCACAGGUGCCGGCAUCGGCUGUGGCGCGGCCGCAGCACGUGCGGCGCAGCAGAACAGGGGAGCAGCGGCCCAAGGUGUCUCUGCACCAGAGGAGGCUCCAACGCAACGCGUCUGCCAGUACUAUUGCUCCUGCGGGGAGUAGUGGUGAGAGGUCUGUGAGUGGCGCGAGUGGUGGGGAGGGUAGUGGUGGCAGUGCUAGUGGCGGCAGUGGUGGUGCUGCUGGUGAGGGGUUAUGGGGUGGUGGUGUAAGGGGGGGAGGGGGAGGAGAGGGAGGGGAAGGGGGAAGGGAAGGAGGAGGGAAGGAGGGAGUGCCACGAGCGAGCAGUCUGCCGAAUGUGCCCAGGGCUGGGAGCUGGAGGAACGAUGGGAGUUUUGGAGGGAUGGGUGGGGGCGGGUGGACGAUGGGAGAGGCUGCAGCGGCUGCAGUGGCAGCUGUGGGUGAGUUGCAGCAGGCAGAAGCAGGUGGCGCGCCUGCUCCACCCGCUGCCUCUGCUGCUGCUUCUGCUACCAGCACAAGGGGUCCUGAUCCCAACACUGCCGUGGCCGCCAGUGGAGGCAUUUCCCGGAACCCCGAUGGACCUGCCCAUUCUGCUGCGCCUGCGCCUGCUGUGCCUGGUGCAACCACUCAGCAGCCCGAACAUCCCCCAGUGUCCCUUCCUCAAGGAGGCACUAGUUCUCCUGCAGCUGCUUCUGGCGGUUCUGCACGAGGUUCUCCUGGUGGCUCUGCACCUGGAGCUCCUAGUGCUGCUGCUGGUAGUGGUGGUGCUAAUUCUGGUGGGGCUAAUGUUGGUGGUGCUGCUGGUAGCGGUGGUGCUGGUGCUGGUGGUGCCAGUGUUGGUGGUGCCAGUGCUGGUGCGGCUGCUGGUGGUAGCCCAGGCGCUGCUGGUGCAGGAGCAGCAGAGGGGCCGGCUGCAAUGGACAUGGAGACAAGCGCAGACAAGAUCUCCUCCCUCAAGAUCGACUGUCUCAAGCCUGCCAGCAGCGACGCCAGCAGCGGCCCUGCUGCCUCUGCUGAGUUUCUCAACAUCGAAGACUGGCUCCAGACCCCCACUCCGCCCCCUCGCCGCACCCCCUGCUCCCCAUUCUACAUCAACCUCUCCCCCUCCGCCCGCCGCCUGCGCUCCCCCCGCUCCCCCUCCCCCCGCACGGCCCAGCAGCAGCAGCUGCACCCGCCUGCCUCCCCCCGCCCCUUAGCCUCUUGGUUCUCCCCUCGAUCGGAACGUCUCCCUCCCCGCUCUCACUCCCACUCGCAUGCUCACUCUCACUCACACUCGCUCUCUCAUGGAAGGUCGGCUCUGCCUCCCCAUGGCAGCCGAAGCAACCGAAGCAACAGCAGCAGCAGUGGCAGCGGCGCCAGUGGUGGUGCUGGUGGUGCUGGUGGUUCUGGCAGUGGUGGCAGCGGUGGCACUGCUGGCAGGGGUGGCAGUGGUGGAAAUGCCGGCAGUGAUGGUAGUGCCAGGAGCGGUGGCUCUGCCACUGGUGCUGGAGUGAGCUCAGCCACAGCAACACCUGUGGGACCUUUUGCCAAUACCUCAGUCCACUGCACCCCCUCAGUCCACUGCACCCCCUCAGUCCACUGCACCCCCUCAGUCCACUCCACCCCCUCAGUCCACUCCACCCCCUCAGUCCACUCCAUCCCAUCAGACCACUCGAAUCCCGCAGACUACUCCAACCCCUCGGAGCACUCGGCGCCCUCAGAGCACUCAGGCCCACCUAACACGGUAUGUGAGAACACUCCGAGCCAACGCAGCGGGCGCCGCAGCCCACUGGGAGCACUGAAAGUCGCCCAUGGGUCGGGCUACCUCUGGUCCCCACGAGCAGCCCUCUCCCCCCGAGCCAGCCACAACAAAUCCACCUCCCCCUCCCCCAGGGCUGGCGGUGCUGCCAGCGCCCUCUCCUCCCCCUCCCCCCGCCCUUCCCCCCACGGUGGAAUGUCCUCCCCCUCCCCCCGCCCUUCCCUCCACGGUGGAAUGUCCUCCCCCUCCCCCCGUGGGCUGGCAUCCCCCUCCCCUCGAUCCGUUCACUCCCCGUCCCCACGAGCGUUCGGCAGAACGGGAGCCGCUCUGCCGUCUCCCCCUGCUCACCCCACCUCCAAUCCUCCUCCUCCACAUCCUUCCUCCUCUCUCGCCCCUCGUUCUCGAAGCAGCAGCCCAUGUCCGCGCCCCCCCAACAGCCCUCCCCAUCCCCAUGCAAAUCCCGCUGUCUCCCAUGCGUCCACUGUUCCUUCUUGCCUCGGAGCUGCUGCUACCAACGCUGCUGGUGCUAUUGCUGGCGCCAGCAGGCCUACCAACGCUGCUGCUGCUGGUGCUAGUGCUGGGGCCAGCGGGCGAGCCGGAGGUGGGAGUGAUGUGAAACCGGCCAUGAAGAUGACCACACAAGCUGCUGCAACUCUUGCCACCACUGCAGCUCUUGCGGAUACUGAAAACCAGGCACUUGGGCCAGUCUACCCAGUACACCACCCGGUUGACUCGCUCAAACCAGUUGAUAGAGCAGAUCUGGUUGAUCCUUCCUUGCGAGUAAGUGGCAGCUUGAAGGCAAGUGCUUGUCCGUACUCAUCUGGAGGACGUCCAGAAGAGGCACGUGCCAUGGCAUGCCAGGCUCAAAAGGAGCAGCAGCAGCAGGAGGAGGAGAAGGAGGAGGGGAAGGAGCGGCAGCCCCAACAGCAGGGGCAGCCCCACAUGCCACAGCAGGUGCAGCCGCACAUGCACCAGCGGGGGCAGCCACACAUGCACCAGCAGGGGCAGCCGCACAUGCACCAGCAGGGGCAGCCGCACUCGCACCCGCAGGGGCAGCCCCACAUGCCCCAGCAGGUGCAGCCAAACAUGUCCCAGCAGGUGCAGCCCCACAUGCCCCAGCAGGUGCAGCCCCACAUACCCCAGCAGGUGCAGCCCCACCUGCCACAGAAGUCCUCGCGGCAAGAAUUGCCGUCUGCCAGGGAGCCAGAGUCAUUGCUGCCGGCAUAUUCCAGCCAGUCACUGUGGGGCUUCGCAGCAGAAAUUGGCGGCCCAGAUGCGUUCGCUGGAGGUGAUGGCACAGAGGAUGAUGCAUCUGGUGGGGGGGGCUUCCAGGACCCAUUGUCCUUGGCUCAAGGGCAGGCGUCAGGAUCCCUUGGCAUGCAUGACAUCGAACAGCUCCUUCUGGGGGAUGAAUGCGCUACUGCCGACAUGUCAGGCUGUGACUGGCCCAGUAGUAGCACGGCGAUUUCUGGUGUGGUGACUGGUGUUGGCAAUAUGAGUGGUCCCGCAGGGAUGGCAGGUGCUGGAGGGAUGGCAGAUGCUGCAGAAAUGGCAGGUGCUGCAGGGAUGACAGAUGCUGAAGGGAUGGCAGAUGAGAGCUUGGGGGAUGGAGGUGGGGUGCAGCAUCUGCUGUUUGACGAGGCAUCAGCCAUGCAGCAGCUGAGUGCUGAUUGGCUCACGGAUCCUCUGCUGCUGUGAGACGCUACUGCUGGUGUUGCUUCUGGCGUUGCUGCUGGCGUUGCUUCUGUUUUCACCCCGGAUGCUCUGGCUUCGCUGGUUUCUCUUGGCCUGUCACCCCAGGCUGGCCUGCCCAGCCACCACCCUCAAUCAGGCCUCAGUCAGUGCGUGCACCACAGGGAGCACUGAAUUCAGUGCAGCACUCAGAUGCAAUGCCACCAGCCUUCUCCGUGCAACAGGGGGGUCAGCCAGAGGCUCAGCAGGGGGUUUGGCAGCUUGGAGCAGCCAAGGGCAGGGCACUUGGUCAAGAGGGCUCUGCUGCACCAGAGGAGUACCACUGGGGUCAACGCUUUGU